CGCAAGAAGCACGUCCUCUCCCGUCUCCACGAUGCCCUGGCCUGGCAGGCACUGCCAGUAGUCCAGCUGCUGGCACCGGACGAGAGGGUCAGCCUUCAUUUGAUAAGAACUCUCUUUGGGAUGUUGCAUACUGUGGAAGACAGCAGUGCCCUGGACCUAUUCAUAGAAGUUCUGGUACGGCUUGUAGUGGAGCUGAAGUCAGAACAGUACUUACGCUGCAUUUUGGAUGAAAGCCAAAAAGAGCUGUGCAAAGCAACUACCAUGAGAGGCAGCCUGCCCACAUUCACUCUCUUGGGCAAGCUGGUGGACGCCAUCCCAGGCUUUGCUGAUAUACUGGUGGUAGAGCACAGUAAUUUAGUGGAUCAUCUGCUGAUGGGCUUGACGUACCCAAAUGAAGGUAUAAAGGCUGCUGUCUGCUACUUGUAUGGCAAGCUGUACUCCUCUUCUGUUGGCACAGAACGGCUCUCAGCACACUUUGAAGAAAGGCUGUGUGGUCUCUUCUUGAAUACCUUGGGGCGUGCGCAGACAAAGGAGUUGCAGGUUAAUUGUUUGGGUUUGCUAAAGGAGCUGCUGAAAUCUGACCAUUUUGUGUCCAUUCUUAUGAAUAAUUCAAAGACAGAGGAGUCUGAGAACCCUGAAUUUUUAGAAGGGGAAAAUCCAUUGCCACUUGUUCUCAAAAAGCUUUUGUUGACCAGAGAUGAGAUGUUACAGGCAGCAAGUUCUCACUGUGUCGCUGCAGUGCUGGUUCACUCUCCUAACAGAUAUGCUCCUGCUUUUAUCCAUGCUGACGUCCCAGAAUUCUUGUUUGAGUGUCUCUCGUGCAACAGUGAAAUUCUCAUCUGGUCAGUGUAUUGCUGCCUGCUCCUCUUAACUGAAGAGCGCCUAUUCUUCUCGAAGUGUCACACAGUCUAUGGCAUUGAAUCUCUGGUGAGGAGUCUCCAACGUGUCCUGCAGCUGAACAAUGUGGAGUUGCACAAACAAGGGCUCCUGCUCUUCACUGAAAUACUGAAACGGCAACCAGUGGAAAUCAAAUUAUUCACAAACCGAGGUGUAUGUAUAGAAGCCAUUGAUGUUUUGAUGGAGACAGUGAACUGCCCGGUGCUGGAGGUGGUAGUGGAGGCUGUGAGAGCUGUGGCAGCGUUCCUGAGGAAGGACCACUUGAGCUCCCCUCCAGUCCCAUAUGAAGAGCUGCAGAAGCUGCUGGAGGCAGUGCUGAAGCGAUGUGCUGACCUUCCCUCAAUACAGAGUAGCAAGUGGCAAGUGGGUGAUCUCCUAUUCUCAGGAUCUCAGAGUCACCCAGCCAACAGAAAUCUCAGCAGAGUUCCUCAGAGACAGGCCCAGUUUUUGCUCAACACCCUCGAAAGUUUCAGAAAUGCUUGCAGGUUAGCAGUGGAAUUCCAGAGUGACCCCAUGGCCCAGGAAAAUGCUUUCACUGCCCCCAACUCCAAGAGCAAGGACACUCUGAGCAACUUCUCUGAGUUCCUGUUGAGGAUUUGUGACAGUCUCUGCAUCCCCAUGAUCAUGAGCUACCUGGAAAGGGCUGUCAGCCCGUCAGUGAUGGAGGUUUUCAUCUCAACGCUUAAUACCCUCUUUACAGUGGUGCCAAACAUGCGGAAUAAGUUUUCAAAAAAGCUCGAGCAAGAGAUGUCUGAGCUCCUGCAAAAGGGUCUGCCUCAAUUAAACUACACUGUUGCUGAAUGCCUUCUCCUCCUGGCUGAAACCCCUGAGCCUUUCUCUUUGGAUCAGUCUCUCUGCAGCCACCAACACUGCCUCAUACUACUCUUAUACUUUGCCUAUACCCUUGGGGACAGGUUUGUCCCAGAAGCAGAAUUAUUUUUAGCCGUAAGAAAUUUCCUCCUAUCAGCACAGGACCAUGGAGACUGUCCCCCUCCAUAUAUACUCAGAGCUGCUCUUUAUCUCCUUGCUGUCGGUCAGGACAAAGAGAAAACCCUGGACUCGAGGUCAUUGUGUACCAUAAAGAGGAUCCUGAAUAAUCUUCCAGAUCUGAGCUUUGUCUACGUCCACUGUCCUCUCCUGCUGACAUUCUUCCUGCACUACCCUGAACUUACGGGGAGAUUUGGACAUCAAGUCCUCCAACUCUGGUUUUCCUGGAGAGACUGCAAGCAAACUGAGACUGAUGAAGCUGGUUUUGGCAUGUCUGAUCAGCUGAACAGUGCUAACCCAUUACUUCCCAUUCUGAAGAGCAAUUCCAGCAUUUUACUUAUUUUACUGGACCUCGUCUGCUCAAGCUCUGUGGAGGUGGCUUGGAAGGUGUUGAUGACUCUAAGGACCUUCCUGGAAAGAAAUGAGGAUGUCCUUGUCUGUGACCUCCUCCGGAGUCAGUUCCUACAGAUUCUGCAGCAGCUGCUGGUAGAGAGCAGCUCAGCCUCUUUACAAGCUAACAGGAACCUGCCUGUUUUGCUGAGCCUCCUAUUCCUGGUGCAGCUGCGGAGCAAGGGUGUCAGGGAGCUGGACAGCACAGACUUCAAACUGCUUCACCAGGUCAGUAAUCUCUGUGGGAAAUGCAGACCGAGGGACACUGAUCUCCUGCAGCCAUCCUUGAAUUUUUUGUACUGCAGCCUUCAUCAGACAACACCUUGUAGUCAACAGAGAGCCAUGGCUGUGCUGCUCUCCAAUGUGUCCUUGCUAGAGCUCCUGCAGAAGGUUUUGGAGUGCACCUGGUUGUGGUCCCCUCCCGCUGAACCUGCUUACCUGUCAUCUGAGGAUGCCUUGCUGUGCUCUGGGUGGCUGUUGGUUGCAUCCCUCUUACUUUACCAGCAUCGCUACAAUACUGAGGUUCACCAGACACUUUCUUUAGACCUAACAGAAGUCCUGAAUGCAGUCAUCUUCAGGAAGAAGAAGCCAAUCCUUCUGUUAGUGAGCAUCAUGCAGUUCCUGAGAGCUGUCCUGCGACAGAACUUCUCCUCCUCUCUGCUGGUGAUCGUUGGCCAGAACACAGCUGAAGGUACGACACAACCGCAGCCAUCAUCACUGCAGGACGCUGCCUUGCACCCCCUUGCCAUGCAGCAGGUCUUCUCACUUGUUGUCAGUCUGCAGAACCUUUUGGUGCACAUCCAGUUGCAGAAAGACUUGCUGCUCUCUCAAGCCGUGGUUGCCUGUCUGGAAACCUUAGUGGAAUACCUGUAUGUGAAGAAUCAGGAUGUUGCUCUACAUGUUGCUUCACAGCCCUGGCACCGAUUCCUGCUCUUCACACUGCUCAGUGGGGGCCAGAAGUCCUUUCUGCAGCCAGAAGUUCUCAGGCUGAUGACUUUGUUUCUGAGAUAUCAGAGCAGCAAUAUUAUUUCUCAAAAAGAAAUUAGCCAGGUUCUCCAGGAGGCAGCAGAAGCCAACUUAGCAGAGCUGCCUGAUGCCACAUCUCAUGCUCUUCACCUCUUCCUUUGUCAGAUUCAGAGCAGUCAUUGCCAGGUGGAGCCAGUGUGGUCAGAGACCAUUCAGACCCUGCUGGAGCGCCUCGUGGGACAGAGGAGCACUUGCGUGAAACAUCAGGACAUUGUGUAUCUUGCUGGGCAGAUGCCUUUGAUAGGUGAUGUGAGGGUGGUAGGCGUAACAGAGGUGGAAGGGAUACUUAAUCCUUCCCUUGUUCUAGCUGAAGGCAACAAGAAGUGGGAAGACCCUGAGUGGUUGCUACACUUGGCUAACUUUGGGAUGAAAGAUGUCAUCAUCCCCAAAUUUGAGAAGACAUUUGGAAAAUGA